CGAAUGCGUCCCCGCAUUGCCACGGCUUUACUCGCCCAUAUCGAACGCGUUACGUAGCACGGCAUUGAGCAAUGCCAUUUCAAAGCAGACGGAUCGCCUCGCCGGUAUCGUCCUCGCUCGGAAGCUUCCUCUCCUUAUCUAAUAAAUCUCCCAUCCCGCUCCGCAGAUCCCUCCGUCCUCGAAAUUCCCCAUCCUUUCCUCUACGCAUUGUAACUACACGCAACAUGUCUGGCCUCACAGUAGAACUACAAGCUCCCAAUGGGCGCAAAUGGGCACAACCGACCGGUCUGUUCAUCAACAAUGAAUUCGUUCCCUCCAGCACCGGAAAGACGAUCGAGUCAAUAGAUCCCGCCACCGAGCAAACAAUCGCCUCAGUGCACGCAGCGAGCGCUUCAGACAUCGACGCCGCCGUGAAAGCCGCCCGCGCAGCACUCAAGCACCCAUCAUGGAAGCAGCUCCCGGGAACCGACCGGGGCAUCCUCAUGGCCAAGUUCGCAGACCUGAUCGAGCAGAACAAGGAGACGCUCGCGACCAUUGACGCCUGGGACAACGGCAAGCCGUACAGCGUGGCGCUGACCGAGGACCUGCCCGAGACCAUCAACACCAUCCGGUACUACAGCGGGUGGUGCGACAAGAUCCACGGCCAGACGAUCCCGACGUCGCCCCAGAAAUUCGCGUACACGCUCCGCCAGCCCAUCGGCGUCGUCGGCCAGAUCAUCCCCUGGAAUUACCCUCUCGCUAUGGCGGCGUGGAAACUGGGUCCCGUGCUGGCGUGCGGCAACACGGUCGUGCUGAAGUCGGCAGAGCAAACGCCCCUCAGCAUCUUGAAGCUGGGAGAGCUGGUCAAGGAAGCUGGGUUCCCGCCGGGCGUUAUCAACUUCGUCAAUGGUGAGGGAAGGGAGGCAGGGGCGGCGUUGGUCCAGCACGCUGACGUCGACAAAGUCGCCUUCACGGGGUCGACAGGGACCGCGCGGGAGAUCAUGAAGAUGGCAGCCACGACAUUAAAGAACAUCACGCUUGAGACGGGCGGCAAGAGCCCGCUCCUCGUCUUCGACGACUGCGACCUCGAGCAAGCAGUGAGGUGGAGCCACAUGGGAAUCAUGUCGAACCAAGGGCAGAUCUGCACCGCGACGUCACGCAUCCUCGUCCAGAAAACCAUCUACGAGCGCUUCAUCGAAGCCUUCAAGCAGCAGGUCAAGGACGUCUCCAAGGUCGGCGACCAGUGGGACGAGGCGACGUACCAGGGCCCGCAGGUCACGAAGGCACAGUACGACCGCAUCUUGUCGUACAUCGAGACGGGACGCUCCGAGGGCGCCACAGUUCUAUGCGGAGGCCAGAAACAUGGCGACAAGGGGUUCUUCAUCCAGCCGACCGUCUUCACGGACGUAAAGGACUCUAUGCGCAUCUACCAGGAGGAGAUCUUCGGCCCCGUCGUCACGAUAUCGACCUUCGAGACUGAGGAUGAGGCUGUCGAGCGCGCGAACAACACUACCUACGGCCUCGGCGCGUCGGUCUUCACGAAGGACCUCGAGCGUGCUCAUAGGGUCGCGUCAGAGAUCGAGAGCGGAAUGGUCUGGGUCAACAGCAGCCAGGACUGCGACUACAGAAUUCCGUUCGGCGGCGUCAAGCAGAGCGGUAUUGGCCGUGAGCUCGGCGAGGCGGGACUGGAGGCUUACUCGCAGACGAAGGCUGUCCAUGUCAAUAUGGGCACCAAGUUGUAGAUAUAGAUUAUGAAAAGCUA